AUGGCUCCACGUCCGACAGCUAGUCGGUCUCAUGUGGCUGGACAAGUGGUGAGAUCGGGCCGCGUCACCAAAGGCAAGAGUGAAAAGGCGCCGGCAAACAAAGUUCCAUCAGACCAGAUCAAAGUGGUCAGCACUGACCAGGUCCUGGAGCAAGUCCAUGGCGAACCACCGGCGUGGGCUGAGAAUCGCCAGCAGUUAUGCGAUGCAAUUCCUUGGUUUCAUUGCACUCAGGGUGCAAUGUAUCACAGUGAGGGCUUUUGCUGGGGCUUUCUGAUUGAUGCCGACGGUGGUACCCGGACCUACAUUGACGAAGAAAUUAUCAUAACUCGAAUUGGUGGUUGCUGCACCAAAGACUCAGAGGGAAACCUGGCCCUCCAAAAGAAUCAGGAGGCUGAUAGCACGCUCGCCCGAAGCAUCAUUGCCAGCCUGAAGUCAAAGCUUCCUGUUGGGUUAAUUAUUGGGAGCAAGCACAAGAUUCUCAAUCGGGACCUGCCACAUCGAUACAACGUCAUGGCAUGGUUUCGGGUUACCAAUGUUUGGUUUGAAAGAAUUGGUACAAACCAUGGAGCAAAAGUCCGUUUUGAGAAAUUGGAUCUCGCGGAGAAAAGCUGGUGGGCAGCAAAGGGCUCUGCUCCUCCAAUGCCCCUCGAACUCAGAGACUUCGACACGAAGCCUCAAACCCUGAAGUGCGAGGGCUGCUCCAAGGUCAGCAUCCGUGUCUAUGAGGAUGGCUGGAUGUGCCUUCAGCCGGAGUGUGACAGGUUCUGGAAGAUUGGAAACGUUUCCAGUCCUCCUGAACUAACCUUUAACCCUGCGUUCUUGAGCUUCCGCAGUCGUCCCGACGAUGAAAUUCUCCCUAACUGCAGCCUUGUCCCCGAUCAUCUUUCGACACUGGAUGAGGAUGCCACGGACAUCAGCACAUCUCGUGGUGCGUGGAAAGGAAUUGUGUGCCCCGAGUGUCACAAGUGUAUUCGACGGACAUUGUGGCGAGGGUGGAAGUGCAGCGAUGACUCUACUGGCACUCAGACGGGCGGUAACGUCUGCUCAUUUGAAAGGCUCAUGACAAUGAACCCCAUCUCGCGCCAAGUUCUACUCGAUGAUUCCGAGCAGCCCUCAAUGAGACGAGAAAUGGUGUUCGAUAGGAAAUUCAUGAUCCCCGAGAUCGAUGAUGUUAGCUUGUCUCCCUAUCGCAAGCUAACCUACAAACUUGAUGGAGUCGGCUUUAUCACCCAUUUUGUCGCGAACGCAGAAAUCAACAGCCGACCAAAUGGGCCCGACGACCUGUUUAUCGGUCUUCAGCGUGAAGAUCUCGGUUUAAAACGUUUUCCGCUUUCGUCCAGUCUAGUCGCGGGCACACUUACCGCUCACUUCGCGGUGAACCACGGUAGCCCGUAUAAGUAUGUCGUGUCGGUGCUGUCAAAGGCGUUUGGCGAAGCCCCUGAGGUCAUUCUCCGAGCUCUGGGUCGUCUUUCGUGGGCGACUGAACAAGCCGUCAUCUCCGCUGGAGACAUGUACAUGCCUCCCAAUGAGCUGUUGACGCUGGGGUACUUUGAGGGCAUGAAGAUAGGAUACCAUGACGACGGUGAAUCCUCUCUAGGCCCUACAAUUGCAACCCUCUCACUUGGAGCAAAAUCCACCAUGUGGAUCCGCAUGAAGUAUAAGCACUUCAACGGGCAUACUCGACGGGUGGACGCCGGCGAUGGCAAAGCUGUAUCUGGGAGUGUUCUGCAAGAGGACCCCGUGCUGAAAGGCUGCCGGUUGGAAGAUGAGCGUCGUGCGCUCAAGGAGAGGUUUGAAGCUGGCGAGAUCUCCCAAGAUGAGUAUGACAACUCUCGACAAACUCUCUUUGCCACCCAGAAGGGAAAGCAAGCUCCGCCAGCCAUCAAGUUGGAGUUGCACCAUGGAGACUUGGUAGUCAUGCACGGUGAAAACCUUCAGAGGUACUACGAGCACUCGGUGGUGCCGGAGAACAAGUUGCGGUUUGCCCUUACCGCGCGGUAUGUCAAACCCGACCAUGUUGACGCCGCGGAGAUCGAGAAGGGCAAUUUUACCCUCACGCCUGACCAGAUCUACGACGGGAAGUGA